UCCACUGCUACGUUUUCUGUGCAGAUAGAGACACGGCUGUGUGUCUGAGUGGGAAAUGGACUGAGUGAGGGCGCUCUUUCGACCAGUGCUGCCGAUAGCAUUGAAAUACCCAAGCUAGGCUGAAAUAAUUGACGAUUUUUAGGUCGCUGAAUUAACAAGAAAAACACAGCACCGUUAUCAGUCUUUCACAUCCCACUCCAAACACACUAACACGGCAUUGAUGGUAAUGUAUGCAAGGAAACAACCGAGACUCGGCGAUGGGUGCGACCGAAGAGAUUCUCAGCCCUAUCAGACUCUCAAAUAUUCGUCCAAGAGCCAUCCUGGAGGGGACCACCGACAUGAAAAGAUGCGAGACUCCUCAGAUGUCACUCCUCCCUGCAAAAUGCUCAGGAGGUCUGACAGCCCUGAAAACAAACACAUCGACAGCACGGGGCACAGCAGAGCGAAGGCUGUCCACACACACCGGGCCAGAGACAGGGAUGGAGGGACCAGUUAUUCUCCACAAGAAAAUUCUCACAACCACAGUUCCCUUCAUAGCUCCAACUCACAUUCUAACCCAAGCAAGACCUCAGACACACCUUACGAACCCGGCGACGACUGGUCAGAGCACAUCAGCUCGUCUGGAAAGAAGUACUAUUACAACUGCAGGACAGAGGUGUCCCAGUGGGAGAAGCCCAAAGAAUGGCUGGAGAGAGAACAGAGGCAAAAAGAGGCAACAAAGACCGCGGUUGUCAACAGCUUCCCCAAAGACAGGGACUACAGAAGGGAGGCGAUGCAAGCGUCGGCAGCCCCUGGCUUUACUGCUGCUAAGGCAGCCCAGGUGGAGAAGCCUGUGACGACCAUUGCUACCCAGUCCCAGUCGUCAUCCUCUGGCUCAGGGAGCUUGAACCCUUCAUCGGGGCCCCCUGGAUCAUCAGCCUCCACGGUGCCCGUGUCUCCGGUCCUUCAGUCCCCCGCCCCUCCACUACUCCAGGACCCCACCUUGCUUCGCCAGCUUCUCCCAGCACUUCAGACCGCCCUGCAGCUCAACAAUGCCAGUGUGGACAUGGCGAAAAUCAACGAGGUUCUCACAGCUGCUGUCACACAAGCUUCAUUACAGUCGAUGCUCCAUAAGAUCCUCACUGCUGGACCAUCAGCUUUCAAUAUCACUACUAUCCUUUCUCAAGCUGCUCAACUCUCCAACCAAGCAGCUCAGCAAUCGAACCAGUCACCCAUGUCGUUAACAUCGGACGCCUCAUCGCCUAGGUCUUAUGUUUCUCCAAGGAUCAGCACACCGCAGACCAACGCUGGUCCCCUUAAACCCCUCCUCAGCACGCAACCGGUCAUCUCACAGACAAAAGUGAGCACGCCAGUAGGGAAACAGGCAUCUCAUCCCCAGCCCACAUCCCAACAGUCCCUCUCCAGCGAUAAGCAGCACAGUCAUGAUGCCACCACGGCCUCCCCGCGCACCCUCCAGCGCCAAGGCAGUCAGAGGAGUCCCUCUCCGGGUCCCAACCAUGUCUCCUCCUCCAGCAGCAGCACCGCCCCCAACUCUGCCUCCGCUCCCCCCACCGCCUCAGCAGCCCGGCCCUCCUGCUCCUUCACCCCCACCCUCGCUGCCCACUUCAAUGAGAAUCUUAUCAAACACGUGCAGGGUUGGCCUGCCGAGCACGCAGAGAAACAGGCAUCAAGACUACGUGAAGAGGCUCACACCAUGGGGAGCAUCUGUAUGUCUGAGAACUGCACCGAGCUCAAAAACCUCCGAUCCUUGGUCAGAGUCUGUGAAAUACAAGCAACAUUGCGUGAGCAGAGGAUACUGUUUCUGAGACAGCAAAUCAAAGAACUUGAAAAGUUGAAGAAUCAGAAUUCUUUCAUGGUCUGAGAACUUCUGGUGGCGAGUCGAAGCGGGAGGUUGCGGGGGAAAAGGGGGAAGACCCAUUGCACAUAGUUGGAAGCUGGAGGGAGAGCAGUCGUUCAGUUCCUCUUGAGCCCAGUCUUAACACACACAGGAGCUGCAGUCGGGUUGGCUUUGGACCGAUGGGGCUGGGAGAGCCAAGAGGGAGACAUGAAGAGCUGUUGGAGGGGGAGGGUGGGGUGGUUUACAAGACUCUGUUUUGUAAAGACCCACUGCGGGGAAAAAAAUGUAGAUUUCUUGUAGAUGUUAUUAUCUAUGUUGUAAAUAUGUUUUGUAGAUUGAAGCCAUGGAAAGCCAUGCCUAUCAAAGCUUUUGACAUCCAAACUAAUCAACGCCUAGGCGGCUACGUUCAUUAGCUAGCCUUUCGUUCAUGUUAACUCGUCCGCAGACUUAAAGCUUCAUUUUGUCAAUUCAUAGAUCAUUGAACCAUUGAGCGUGUGUGACCUGCACGUUAACAGAGGAGGAUGUUUGAAGCCAUUUAUAUACACAGAAGCCUAGCAUAAAAACAUAAUACACUGGUGUCAUUGUAGUUUUUUUCCUCAAAUACUGGUAAUCUGAUUACUGUUUAGAUUCUCUUCCUGUGCCCUUCUUCUUUGGGUGAACUGUAACCUGUACUCAGGCGCUGUGAACAUCCCCUCUCUGCAGGUCUGUCACGACUGCUCACUACGGUUCAGUGAUCUACUUGCAGCUUCUGGUGGCCCUGCAUGUCCCAGUCUGAAAAAAAAACAGUGCCUGGUGGUGUGGUGGAGUGAGUGAUUUAAAAAAACAAAACAAAAAAAAACAUUUUAAGAGAUGUGAUGGCGUGCUGCUUUGGACCAUUCCCACCAUACCCUCCCCCUGGCCUCAGCCCUGCCCUGCCACACCCUCUCAGAGACAUCAACACUUCACACCCUCCAUGUAGUUUUUCCUUUGUGUUCCAACACUUUUGGUUCCUCUUUUCUCCCCUCUCCGACACUUCUCAAGACGAGGUGGGUACCACUGGUUCAUUCCUUUGUACAGUUGUUAACAUACAGUGGAGUUCUAAGAAAGAGGACGCAGAGUAAAACAAAAAAAAAUGGUUUUAUUUAUAAGAGUUGUAGUGACGAGCAGUAAAUCACAAUGAUAUCCACGUAUUUUUCAUUUGCACCCAGUUUAGGUGUGGUGCUACAGCUACAGCGGGUUUAGAGACGGAUGUAUGUGGAUCGCCUCUUGUGUCAGAGCAGGGUGACAAGAGGUCACAAGGUCAAAUGUGAAAUGUAUGUAUUGUAAUAAACAUGUUCAACUAAA